ACAACCCUACUUUUUUUAAGUUUUAAAAACCUUCAAAAUCCAAAGAAAAAUGAAUUUUGUAGCCAAAAAAAUUAUAAGAAACUCAAGAAGUAGUCUUAAAAUAAAAGAUUUUUAUAGACACUUUUCAAAAGAGAAAACUGAAAUGGAAAAGAGAAGGGCGGAAAUCAUGGCAAAGGGUUUACCUGUUAAAAAACCGAUUAAAAAUGUUAAACACAUAGUUUUGGUUUCAUCUGGGAAAGGUGGUGUAGGAAAAAGCACUGCAGCAGUUAAUUUGGCUACAGCCCUUAAAGUAGUACGCCCAGAAAAAAAUGUAGGCCUUCUUGAUGCUGAUAUAUUUGGCCCCACAGUUCCUUUAAUGAUGAAUCUGUAUGAUACACCUGAAUUAAAUGAGAAAAAUCAAAUGCAACCCUUGGUAAAUUAUAAUGUUAAAUGCAUGUCAAUGGGAUUUCUCAUAGAAGAAGGGGCACCUGUGAUAUGGAGGGGGCUUAUGGUAAUGCAGGCUCUUGAUAAGUUGAUUUGGCAGGUUGAAUGGGGGGAUACAGAUUACUUAAUAGUGGAUACCCCUCCAGGAACAGGGGAUACCCACCUGUCAUUGAUCCAAAAUUUACCAAUUUCAGGCGUUGUUUUGGUGACUACCCCUCAAAUAGCCUCACUAAAAGUCACCAAAAGAGGCGGGGUAAUGUACCAAAAGUUGAAUGUGCCUCUAAUAGGAAUCAUAGAAAAUAUGUCGAGUGUUUCUUGUCCAUCUUGUAAUCACGAAGUAAAAUUAUUUGGCAGUCAAACUGAGAGUUUAGCUAAAGAAUUAAAUAUAAAAAUUAUGGAGAGUUUUCCUUUACAGCAAGAUAUUGCAGGAUGCGUUGAAGAUGGUACGCCAAUUGUUAUAAAGGAUUCAAAAAGCAUAGUUGCCAAUAAAUAUAGAAACCUUGCAAAUGAUGUAAUUAAAUUUUUAGAUAGUAUAGAUAAAAAGAAUGAAGUAAUAAAAAAGUGAAUGUGUUUUUUGGUUUUAUUUAAAUAUCCUGACUUAUUACCCAAAAAAUUAUAUUACUUACCACGAUUUUUUAUGCCAACG